UCGACGUUGCGAUGAGGGGACAGGCGGAGGUGGUGGCGACGGCGGUAGUGGUGGUGGUGGUGGUGGGGAUGAUUAGAGGGUCGGAGAAGGAGGUGACGUGGUGCGUCGCGCGGAGUGAGGCGGGGGCGAUGGCGCUGGAGGCGGCGAUGGACCAAGUGUGCGGGUCCGGGGUCGUGGACUGCUCGCCGGUGCAGCCCAACGGCCUCUGCUACCUCCCCAACACGCUGCCCUCCCACGCCUCCUACGCCUUCAACAGCUACUACCAGCGCUCCAACGCCAACCCCGCCGCCUGCGACUUCCAUGGCACCGCCACCGUUACCAUCUCGAACCCCAGUUAUGGAUCCUGCACGUACCCUUCAUCCAUAAGCACAGCAGGAGGCUUAAUAAGUACACCAAACGCCGGUGGUGGUGAUGAUGUCGGUGACGGUGGUAGGCUGAAUCCUCCAGUGGUCGGUUCGACGGUGCCUGCUAUCGACAUGGCUGUUGCUUCUCAUUUGUGCCGCCCGCUUUUGCUAGUCGUGUGCCUCUGCUUCGUCUCACUGCUCUUCUGAAAGACUAGCUUAGGCCUCUUGACACCACAUUGUUGUAUCUGCCACUCUUUUGUUUGAGAAUUGGUAGGGUUGGUGAAACUGUGUUGAUCUUGCCACCUUCAAAGGCUUGUAGAAAGGAACAAGACAUCGGAUGUAGCAUCUUCUUUGCUGUGCAA